AUGGCAGUUACUGAAGAAGUUCUUCAUCGUCAAGCUCAAGGAGAUCUUAAUAAUCAUAUUUAUUCAGCCCAAGCAACAUUUGCUCAGAUUUUACUUGUUAUUCGACGGAUUAUGUCUGGAAAUCAAUUUGUAUCAGCUUUGGGAACCAACUUUUAUCUUCAUUAUCCACCAUCAAAUUUUGGAGAUUGGUAUCACCCAAAAAUGUUACCAGUGGUGUCCGAAAAUUGCUCGUGUUUGUCUAUUACUGGAUGUCCACGUCCAGCUGUUAUCAGAGACAGUCAAGAUCAAUUAAUAGUAGUUCCAGGAAUGAUAAUUGAUUGCUAUAUUGUUGAUUCAACGUUGGGUUCUACACUAGAAUGUUAUUACGAUCUAGCAUGUUUUCGUUUUCUACAUAACUCAUCGAUAGAAACGGGAAGUCUACUUUCCAAUGAUUUCAACAAUCAUUUUCUGAUUUAUAUUGAAAAUAUACGAGCAACAUAUGCUAGUAUGAUCAUCUCGGAGUUUCCACCAGAUAUCAAGCCACUAAAUACAUCGAUUCCUACUCGAUUCGAUGGCAAUACAUUAGAUUUAAUUAAUCAAGCGUUUUUGGAAACAUCAGUCAUCAGCGAUAAUCGUUAUGGUCUGUACUACCAACAAUGUGCACCUCUCAGCUGUUCAUAUACAAUAUUCAAACGUCGAAGUAUCAUUGUAGCCAUUUUAUUACUUGUUUCAGUUUGUAGUGGGCUCAAUCAAGGCCUUCGAUUAGUUGUACCAUUGAUUGGAAAGCUUGUUCUGGUUAUUAUCGGAAAAUGGAGAAAUCGGGAAACCGUUCGUGGUGAGUGUAUUGUGCAAAAAUAA